GAGAUAUGGGGAGGGGAGGGGUGGUAAAGGAAUGGAAGAAAGGGUAAAGGAGAAGAAGGGAAAAUGGAAGUUGCAAGAUCACGGUUGGAGAUUCGUAUUAAUCUUUUGCGGACGUAAGACAUAAUGGCAGCGAGCUGUUCAAUUACGCUCGGAUUAGCGGUACACGAGGGGUUCCCCUUCUCCCCAAACCACGUCUCUCCUCGAGAAUCUGUACUCUCAGUGUCCCUUGCACGCUCUCCACCUCGUGUACACAAUCUACCAGGGCCUUUGAAACGCUAUAUAAAGUGACAAACUUGCUUGGUUGCGCUGUAUCGGCGUUAAUACGGUAUCGCGUUUCGCUCGGGUAAUAUCGAAUCGGACGACGAUAACGAUUUUCCAACUUUUUUCUACCAUCUCGGAUCGAACGACCAUCCCAUCAUCUUCUCCAAGGGCGAGGACGAAUCGUGCCACGCGACCGUACGACCGACCGACUCACCGAUCGAUACUCCUCUUCUCUGCUUCCGCGUCAACCGAUCCAAGGAUGACUCGAUGACACCACGUCGUGAGAUCUAUUUACACGUUCCACGAACAUGAAGCGAGUGCUCUUAUUAUUAAUCUGUUCCCUAAUGGGAUUUGUCAACCCUCUACCUCGAAACGCGACCGAUUACGAAGAUAUGUCCUAUUGGCUAAAAUCCGGCCAAGAGAAUCUUCGAAGAAUCCUAACUCAUCGAAAUAACGAAAAUCGCGCGAAGAAUAUUAUUAUUUUCAUUGGAGACGGGAUGGGAAUUUCUACGAUCACGGCGGGUCGAAUCUACAAAGGCCAAAUCAAGGGUAACACCGGCGAAGAAUACAAAUUGGCAUUCGAAAUGUUUCCCAACGCUGGAUUCGCCAAGACUUACAACACGGACAAGCAAGUUCCAGAUUCGGCUGGGACAGCUACCGCGAUAUUUUCCGGCGUGAAAUGUCGUUACAAGGUUAUCGGAUUGGACACGAGAUCUUCGUUCAAUCAAUGCGACAAGCGGAUCGAUCAAGCGAGCAAACUUACAACCGUCGCGGAUUGGGCACAACAAAGUGGCAUGGACACGGGAUUCGUAACCACGACUCGGGUCACCCAUGCCACACCGGCAGGAUUGUACGCUCACGUGAAUAAUCGGGAUUGGGAAUGCGAUACCUCGAUACCGAAACAAUACACAGAUUGCGUGAAGGAUAUUGGAAGACAAUUGAUGGAGGAUGAGCCGGGGAACAAGUUUAAGGUAAUCAUGGGCGGUGGAGCGCAACUCUUAGGUUUACCCAUGGAACCGAUAGAUCCAGAUACGUGCGUCAGGGGAGAUGGGAAAAAUUUGGCGGAAUACUGGGAGGGAAGUAACCCUGACGGGAGAGUAGUGACCAACACCGAACAACUUUUCUCCGUCGAUAUCGCCAACACGUCGAAAAUUCUUGGAAUUUUCGCUACUAAUCACCUUCCCUAUCACGCCGUCAAAACCGAAGAAACGCCGAGUUUGGCCAAUAUGACCAAACAAGCUAUCAAAUUGCUUCGAAAGAACGACAACGGUUUCCUUUUAAUGGUCGAGAGCGGGAGAAUAGACAUGGCCCAUCAUCAUAAUUACGCAAAGUUGGCGUUGCGAGAAUUAUCGGAGCUCGAGGAGGCGAUACUGACCGCUCUUCAACUGGUCAAAUUGGAAGAAACGUUGGUGAUCGUAACUGCCGAUCAUUCCCACGCGUUCACCAUUAACGGUUAUCCGAAGAGAGGAAACGAUAUCCUCGGUUUCGCCAAUGAUCCAUCCAAACCGAACGUGCCGGCUUACGAGACGCUCAGUUACAUCAACGGUCCGGGCUUCCUUUACCAUCGACGAAACGAUAGUAACAACGUUAACGAAACGUGGAGGCCCGUCGAUCGGGACCAGACACGCGACGAUCCAUAUUACACUCAAAUGGCUGGUAUAUACUUGGAGGACGAGACACACGGAGGCGAAGAUGUAGGAGUUUACGCGAUAGGUCCGUAUUCCCACUUGAUUCGCGGUACGUUUGAACAAAAUUAUAUCGCUCACGUAGUGGCGUAUGCGGCGUGCUUCAAAGACUGGCCUUCCCAUUGUGACAACGUUUACAAUCGUUACUUCUACCAACUGGCCAACUCGGUGAAUCGUAAUACCAAUUCAUCCAUUGUGUCUCUCUUGAUGUUGCUGCUUCUCUCAACAGUGGUCAAUCGCUAUUGAUUCCAUGCGUCGAGGACAUUACAUAUAGUAUAAUUAAUUCGCAUCUCCGAUACUACUAUUUUUCUUCUCAUUAAUC